AUGCGCCGAGCGUCUACCACCACCGCCUUGGCCGCCGCUCGAAGAGCUCUUUUGAGCGCAUGGAAGUCAUCGCGCGCGGGCAAAAAUUCUUCUUCUCUCGGGGAUACAAAACUCGUCCUCGCGUCGUGUUGCUUCUGUUCUUCUUUUUCUUCGAGUCCGUCGUCGUUUCAACAAACUCUUCCCGAGAAAGUCUUCGAAGAUGCUUCUUCGUCUUCGUUCGGCGGUGGCAACCAAAAGAGAGCGACGGACGCGAUACACAGAAGCGAGGAGAAGCCGUCCUCUUCGGCGACAGCUGGAGCAGUCAGUCAGCUGGAUUUCGCGACGCUCGUGAAACACCCGGAAGGCGCGGAGUCGCCGAUGAAAUUCUAUGAGCGGUUAGCCGAAGAAGGCGUGUUGCAACGAGACGAGAAACAGGUGAAAGCGCUUUACGUGCUGGAUAAGUUUUAUCACAAAGUCAUGGGGAAAGACGAUAGUAAUAAUGAUAGUAAUAGCAGUAGUAGUAGUAGUAGUAGUAGUAGUGAUAACAGCAGCAGUCGCGGUACUAGCAACGAGGAGAAUAAAUCGUGGUUUCAAAAGCUCUGGGAUCGAACGAACAAGUCAGACGCCUCGACGCUGGCGGGUGAAACGAGCGCGGGCGGGGUGUAUUUAUACGGCGGACCUGGGUGCGGUAAAACGUUCGUUUCCGAUUUGUUCAUGGCAACGUUACCAAAAUCUUUCUCGAAACGCGUGCAUUUCCACGCCUUCAUGAUGGAAACGCACGGAGAGUUGCACAGGUUAGCCCAGAUGAAAAAGAAAACGGAUAAUGUUUCGAACGAAGAUACCGUGAAGUGGUUCGCGGAUUCCUUGGCGGCAAAAGUAGACGUGUUGUGUUUAGAUGAGUUUCAAGUGACUGAUGUCGCCGAUGCAAUGAUCAUUAGACGAUUACUCGAUAGAUUGUGGGAGAAUAACGUGCGAGUGGUGUGCACUUCGAACCGAGCGCCGGACGAGUUGUAUAAAAACGGAUUGAAUCGGAAACAGUUUUUACCAUGUAUUGAAGGCAUAAAAAGUCGAAUGCAAGUGCACGAUAUGGACUCAGUGUUCGAUUACCGGAUGAUUGGAUCAGUUAACGUGCACGGGGUUUGGAAAAUGAUCGGGGAAAGUGAUAAAACCGACGAAGAGGCUAAACAAAUCGCGCACGAUUGGUUGGAAGUGAAGACGCAAAACCUCGCCGGCGAACGGACGUUGAGGGAAUUAGAGGUGGCAAUUUCUGGUAGAAGUCUACGGAUUAAACAAGCUGGGGGUGGCGUUGCGCGAAUAGAGUUCGACGAGCUGUGUGACGCGAAUUUAGGACCGUCGGAUUACGUCGCUUUGUGUUCAACCUUUCACGCCAUUGGAAUUGAAAACAUACCGAAAUUGUCUUUAGACCGAGUCGAUUUGAUGCGCAGGUUCAUCACGUUCAUCGACUGCGCAUACGAGCACAAAGUGAAGCUGAUAAUCACGGCCUAUGCGAAACACCCUGACGAUUUACUCGUGAUAGCCGACGCAAAAUCGUUUGAAUGCGACACUCGAGACGAGUUCUUUGCCUGGGAUCGCGCGAAAUCUCGUCUCAACGAAAUGCAAACGGACGAGUACACGAAAUCCAGUUGGAAGCCAAAAACCUCAAAAUGGCUUUUAGAACAAUCUUUUUCUCUUCGAGAGAAAAUCAACGUCAACGUUCUGCGAGGAUUAUGGCAACGCUACGACAAAACCAAAAACGGAGUCUUGGACGAAUCCGAAUUGGCGUAUUUACUCGCCGAUUUGAACGAGCUCAAAGUCGGCCAUCGAAACGUCUCCAAAGACCAACUGGACCAUUCCUUGAGAGAACUCACCCGAAGGCGAUGCGGAAGUCGAGGCGAUGGAUUUGUCACUUUCGACGAUUUCGUAGAAUACGGAAGGAAAGGCUUCGAUAAGAUCGAACUCCCGCCCGAGGAUCUCGAAAAAAUUCGGUGCGCGGAAGGCGACCUGAUACCGUCGCUUUAA